AUGUUCCCUCUUACAGCUGCAAUUGUAGCUCUGGCUCUAGCAGCCUUCCCUGUGGCUAAGGCGCAUCCCAUUGCAGAGUCAACACAUAACGUUGUAGAGUCUAUCGUUAAGCCCCGAAGCUCUGUCGUUGUCGAAUUUUGGGCAGAUAACAACUACAAGGGGUCCAGCUGGGCGUACAGCGGAGACUGGAAUCUAUGCCAGAACAUCCCUGAUUACCUCAACGACAAAAUCUCUUCGAUUAAACCCCAGUACACCGACGGCUGCGUAUUCUACAACGACUGGUACUGCAGUAGCUACUCGUUCAAAAGCACUAGCGCGCUUUCAUCCCUUCAGUCUCCGUUUAACGACGCCAUUAGCUCUUUCCUGUGUUUCCCAAGCGGCAAUAGUGGCAACUUCCUUUAUGGCUGA